ACAGCUCCAUUAGUCACCUGUCAGAGCAGGUGGAGUUCCCUGGAUAUCUGAACUUGGACACUUAUUUGGAGGGAUCUUUUUUUCGCUUUCUGGACUUUAAGAGUUUUUUAUUUGUUUUUGUUUUGUCCUCUUUCUGCUGCCAUCUGUGGAUGUACUCUGUGUUUUAACUGUCUCAACAUCCGGAGCUGUUAGAGGAAUAAAGUCUGCUGGAAAACCUUCAUCACAGACGUUUAUUUCUUCCUCAGACUGACUCCCUUCCUGAAGCUUCGGAGUCAUUAGGUCAGUUUUUAGAUAAGCUUUAUAACCAUGGCAGAUUUCCCGUCCAAGGUUACCACAGAGACCGGUUCCCCCACCAGCCAGACCUCUCAGCAGGGGGGCAACAGCCUCCGAGGGCUGGCUUCUAAUGUCACCACUAAGAUGAACAUGUCCUUCAUCAGGAGUAUCCCAGCCAUCCUCAUGAUGCUCGAAAUUGUAUGUAACCAACUCACACUACUCUGUUUUACUCCCUUUGUCUGUUUUCACAACAAACUUCUAUUCUGUGUACUCCAGCUGAGAGAGAAAUUCAGCUCAGCUCUGUUUCAUACUCUACUUUUUCUGUUGGGAAUAUUAAGACUAAAACUGCCAGAUACUAAAACUGAUAUCCUGUUUCUUCACAUUAUAAACCAUAUUAGCACAGACCAGUCCCAUAAUAGUGGUGUUUCUAAAACUUGAAGCUCACACAUCUUGAGUUUUAUGUUUUGUUGUGAGGUGGGAUUAUUUUCUGAGACCAUGGAGCCUUGACCUUUCACAGCUGAAACUUUUGGAGUAAUUUAUGGUGCAGGUAAAUGCUAGUUUGAUGCGCUGAAGAAGGCGCAUGUGUAGAGCCGAUAUCUGUUGGACAAUAACUGAGUCACAGUGCUGUAGGUUUGAGGUAGACACAAGUGUUCAUUCUAAAGUUACUAUUGGCAGUAAAACUUUCACCAGAUUUCUCACAACCUCUGUCAAGGUCCAUUACUAACAAUGUGGCGUGUAUGCUUCAGGUAUGAUUGUAUUAGUGUGUACAAAAGUGCAAAUGUAAUUUUUUUGUUUAAAUCUGAGGUUGCAUUUACCACAGAAGUCAGAUGUUAGAACUGGGAAUAACAUGAUUUCUGGGUGGAUUGUGUUCCAGUUAUUAGUUGAUAAGAAGGCAGGAAGUUGUUUUGCCAUUAGCUCCUGUUGUUGUUAACAUCAUUAGCCACUCCCAGGUUGUAACAACACACUGUGUGAUAAUUUGAGAGAAAUCAACAUGACGUUAUGUUCUGGGAUAGAACCAAACACAACUCUUGUAACUGACUUACACAAAAGAAGAUGAUCACUUUCAAACAAACAGGACUUGAGUGUUGAAGCCAUGUGUUUUUAUGACAUUUCCAACUGGCAUCUGAGUAAGUCCAGCUACCAAGAUGAAAUGGACUACACUUUUAGAGUCAGCUUUUACUAUCUAAUGGAGCAGGUCUGCUUUACAAAGAGCCCCAUCUUGCACCGCAACUUACAGACUAGCAUAUUACAAGGUUUAGUAUUUUUUAAGUGGGCACAGACUGGAAAGCAAAGAAGAAGAGACUGAUUGUUAAUUUGUACAAUAGAAAUUAUACUGAAAGGUAAUUUUGUUGGUAAAAACUUGGAAAAAAAUAAUAAAGAAAGAUGAUACUUUUUACACAUUUUAGAGGCUUCUUGUCCUCAAAGGCCACCACAGCUGUACGGACAGGAGGGGUGAGCAAGGGAUCAAAGAUCUGACUGAUAAAUAUAACUAAAUAUUACCAUAUCACAAACCACCUUUAUUGAUGGCAAUGCUGUCAUUUUUACAUAGACAUUUUUUUGCUUUAGUUUUUGAAGCUAUAACAGUCCGGUAUUGCAAAUAUAAAACUCUAUUUUAUUCUAUACUGCUGAUGUAAAGACCUGCCAGACUAUCAUCUAUUGUUUCACAACAUUGACAAUAAAGAUCUAUUCUGCUAAUAUGCUCAUUAACUAACUUUUGAAAUGAUUAUUUUAGCUAUUUUAUUAUUUAUUUAAAGUAAUUUAUUAAAUUACUAUGUUAAAGUUGAAAUGAUAACAUGCAUUUAAUCUAAGCUCAACUAGAGACAGCCAUGUUAAAUACAAAACCUGAUAGUUUUAUUACUUGGGAUGAGUUGAAGAGAAGCCACACAGUGCAAAUUGCAAGCAAGUUAUUUUUACAGCUGCAGAUUAAUUUGAAUACAUGUCAACAACGUUCCCUUUGAGUACCAUCCAUGUCACCUGUCCUGCAGUCCAUGAACACAGAGGACGACUGUCAUAGGACUCAUCCUCUGUUUGGCAGGUAUCAAAAAGUUGCACCAUCAGGUCUGGUUCAUCAGGAACUGGCCCCAGAGUUGAGAUCUGAGAAUGAAAUCAAGAAGGCUCCAUGUUUACAUACUUUGACAGGAAAAAAAUGUUAGAUGCAGCAGGACAAGUGUAGCUGCACUGAUUUGUUUGCACUGAGCUUUGUUCACACAGAAGCCAUGUGACUUGCUGAAUGACUGACAGGUGUAGGCGACCUCUGUCCCCUUUAGUCUCCCACACACACAUACACAAAUGCACAUGCACACCCCUUUUACUAUCCCACUUCUUCACUGAAGUUUAACUCAGUGUUUAAGAGCAGAGGGAGCAGAGAGUGUCAAUGAUCAAUUUAAAAAUGAUUUUAGUCAAACAUUUGCACCCAUUAAGAGUUGCUUUAUAGUCUUCUGGUUAUAGUAUAAAAGGUCCAGAAUCGUCACAGAGGAGGUUUGUAAGGUGUGUCAGGAAACCCUUGAGCCAAGACUUCAAGCUUCACCCACUUUUUUAGUUACUCAGUAAUAGUGAACUUUGUUUAAUUUGUAACAUUUCCUGUGCAAAUGACAGUAAACCAAUCAAUUUUGAUUCAUUAAGUGCCAAAUCCUUGACUAAGAUAUCUCAUUUGACAAAAAGAGCAGGUGGAAUAUCUGCAGAAAUCAAACAUUAAUCAACCUUUAGCAGAGACCUGUAACAUUUAGCCACAGCAGAUACUCGUUUAACAGGCACAAACUCAAGCAGAACCUGAAAAACAGUCAUCAGCUGUGUUGGCCAUGAACAGAGAGAAAGAGAUGCAAAAAGGGGAAGAUGGAUAGAGACAAAUCAACAGAGCAUCAACAAUGAUGAGAACAGGGAAACUGUUUGACCGUAGAUCUUCAUGCCAGAUCCAAUGAGCCCUAUCCAAAGGCCGUCACUUCAGCUGUUGUGUUACUGGCUGGUGUUCAAACUUGGGACUGGCUAAGAUUUGUGGAGUCCAUACAGCACAGACAUUUUGUUUUUGCAUAACAUAAAUCCCUCAUGUUUAAAUUGUGCAAUACUUUACCCAACCACUCCCCUCACACUGGGUGUAAGUAUCCCACCUUAGAAAUCCAGAAUGUGUGGGCCUAUUUGUAAAAUUAGGACAUCGAAAUUAAGGAGGAAAUCAUCUUUUGUUUGAAUAGCAUGAAUAGCGUAUCUGAAACUUAACAUUUUCCUUUUUAGCUCCCCCGUUCAUUUAUCUCCAAGUGCUAAAUUUAUAGAGGAGCUGGUUUCCUGUUUCAACCCUCCAGCUCAGAAUAAAAUAUUCAUAAAUAAAAGGCUCUGUGAUGCAUUAUAGAACAUAUUUGCAUCAUAAAUAAAUACCAACCUGUUGCAGAGUAAAUGAUUGCACCUCAUAGAUGAUUGAUCAUUGGCAGUAAGAAGAAUUUUUUUUUACCCCACUGUAUUGUUGUUGAGGACUGAUGAUGCCUCAGCACUCAACAUUUUAUAGACGUGAGCAAAGUUAGACUGCAAACUGGACUCAGACUGUGGACUACAGCACAGUUUUAUAGUUUUGUAGUAAAAGAGCUAAUGUAUGUUGUUCCUCUGCUCCAAAACAGAGGUCUCUGUUGAACUAUGUGUUCUCUAAAAGCUAAAGUCACACAGCCUACUGUCUGUGUGUAUCAGGUGUGUAAAAAGUGAAACGUGACCCCUGCGUUCAUAAUAGACUGUCCCUUUAUGCCCUUUCUCAUGGGACACACGUGCAAAGAUACAAAGAGGAAAACGAGGACCCCUGUGUAGUUUCUGUCUAUCUGAUGUCUCUGUAAGUUUUGGACUCAAGUCUUUUGUAAACGUUGUUUCAUUCUCUAUGCAUAUUUCCUAUACUCUAAAUUCUAAAUUCCCUAAGCUCUAGGGGAAAUGUAGUUUUGAUUAAAGAAAUAAUGUUUAGCCCUGUGAGGCAGACCAACUUUGAACUUCAGUGCAAACCAAGCAGAAACCAUUACUGUCAAGAAUGAAACUAAUGUGAAAGUGCAAGAAAACACAACUUCUCUAGUGUCCACUUGAGGCUGACUUCAAAAGCCAAUGGUAAAUAGAAGAUGUUUUAUAUAGAGCUUUCACUAGUCUGACCACUCAUUCACACCACAUUCACACUAAUGGCAGAGGCUGCUUGUAAGGCAUCCAUCAGUUUUUGAGUAAUCACUUUCAAAAAUCACUUGGUGUAGCCAGCACCGGUGUGGUCAAGUGUUUUGUCCAAGGACACUUCAGCAUGUGGACAGUAGGACUCUGAAUUGAGAGAUGCCCCACACUACCCAAUAAAACCCAAUUAAAACUCAUAUUAAAAUAUAUACAAUACUUAUAUAUAAAAUAUAUUCAUGCACAUGUAAAUAGAGAGAAUAAGGGUGAUAGAUUUGCUCUUACCCUUGGGUCAGGCUCUAAGGAUGUCACUACAGAGGUACUAUGAGGAGGGGACAGAUCACCUUGAAAAUUCUGUUAAUGUACAUUCAGACACCCAGAGGCUGAAAUAGAUUCGGAAAGGUGUGAAUUUCACUUUUUAGUACCAGAAUGUCAAUGUGUGUGGUAGAGUUGUGACCAUAGAUGAUGUUACAACUAAAGAUCACAGCUAAUGUUGACUGUUGCUUGUUUUUACUAAUUGAAGUUUGGGUUUGUCUUAAGGUGACUUAAAGAUCAUCUUUCUCUCUCUUUCUUGUGUGUCUUUUUUCUACCCUCUCUAGGUCCUGGGGCUGCUCCACUGGGCUUUGAUAGCCAGCGGCCCUUACACAAGGUCGUCAGCAUACGGCUGGGUGAUGUUUGUGGCCAUUACUCUGUGGAUCCUCACCACCAUCCUCUUCUUCAUCAUCUUGUUUAACGUCCAAGAAAAACUCACCUUCGUCCCCUGGACCCUGACGGUAAGAAAAAAAACAGUGGAGGGGGAGAAAGUAGAAAUGCAGGAUGUUGAUUUUUGGGUAGAUUGUGAUAGCUGUAAAUAUUCUGCUCCAUGAUGGCAGGCAUGCAUAAAAUUGCUAAUAUUUUUUGUAUUAUUAUUUUGAUCUAAAUAAGUGUAGUUCGUUCACAAAUGAGAGAAAGAGAAGCUCAUGAUUAGUGAGCAAAGAUGCACAUAUAUACAUUCAAUUCAACCUUUUUCUGCUGUGACCUGGAGCACACAUGUCCAUGCAGUGGUGUCUUUUUUUAAAUCAUAAAAUCUUCAGGUUAUUCAGCCACUGGGCCAUCAAACCAAACAAAUUUAUAUGAAUUAUGUUAUUGUAAACCAGACUGUGAGUGUUUGUAGAGAUCAAAUUCGAAGUGCACACUUACAAAACAUGUUACGAUUAUUGUCUCGAUCCAAGGUCCUGUGGCUUUUGGUCAUCCUCUGCAUUGAUAGAGGGAUUGAAUAUGAAGAGAAGGCAAUGAGAUUUUGAUCAUUAGUUUUUAAGGUCAUUGCUCAUUUGAGAUUUGAUCAAAUGAUUAGAGGUUUAGAAAAUAGGACAGUGAAGUGGGUCAUGACCAAGAAUACCUUAGCAGUGUUUCACAAAGAAUGACAACAAGAGGCGAUAAGGAGGCAAGAUUUAGACAUGGUGAUAUGAGAGAAAACACUGGACUGACUAACAAGUACACCAGGGAAAAUUUACAGGCGAGGGUCUGAGGGUAUUCAUGGCUAAUAACUUUCCUUUUUUUGACAGGUGAUGGGGUACUUCGGCGUUGCAACAGUCCUCUAUCUGACUGCCUUUCUGGCCAAUGCAGCUACCGUACAUCCCUUUCACGGAUUACCAUUCUACGGACAUUUCGCAGCUGCUGCAGUAAGACACCUGACACCACCCAAACACUCACAUAGUCUUUUUCAUAUGCAGCACACUCCUUAAAACACUGUGACAUUACUCAGUCUGGCAUAUUGUAGGGAUUAUAGUGAAUGUCCCAUUUUAAUGGCCCAAACUUUAAACUCACUCUCAGCAGCCAACCCCUAAAUGUUAAGUCUGUGUGGACUGGAGCUAGCUCAUGUGUGCAGGUAAAAGGAGCGCUGUAUAAACACUUGUAUGUUGUGAUAUAGGCAAAAUAAAUCUGUUAAGUGUUGGUGUCUCUUUAACUUGGAAUCUGGAGUGUGAGCCAGUUAUAACACAUUACAAUACCUGACCUUGUAAGUCAUGAUAAAAUGUGUUUUGACAUUGUCAAGAAUUUGCCUGUACACUUUUACCUAACAGUGGGAAAUGUUCAGUCUUUGGUACAUUUUUCCUACCAGAAAGUGCGGGGAAGUGAGGGAAUGUGAGCAGGAAGAGACGGGGAGGGUCAGAUUUGGACAACUUCAAUUAUCCUAGAAAAACAACUUACGUUACAUCUCAUCAAGUUGCAUAAAUGAAAGAGAAACCCAGUCAACAGUCAGACAUAACAGUGAUAACAGAUCUGUUGUCAGAAGCUAAGUCAUGAAAGAGUUAAAAAGAUAACACUCCAAAUAAUAUUGAAGUUGUUUUUUCUUUUUUUAAGUCCUCUGCAGUAGAAACUCUGCAACUCAAAUCAUUACUCAUGCAACAGAUAGUGUAAAGAAGAGAAAGUGUGUUUCAUGAUGCUGUGAAUUUUCCAAACUAUUACCUGCUGUGUUCAUGCAUUUGCUCACCAAGACUUUACACAGACAAUUUACUGGGGCGCUGCUUGGAAAAAUCCAGGUAAAGUUGUAGUAUACACAUCCCUGCCUCUGUAUCACUCCCAGACAUUGUCAGGAAAUUUCCAAGAGUAACAUGCAUGUGUUAAAGGGGCUCCAUAUCUGCUGUUUUGGACAUGUGCUGAAGGUAAAGUCCAGACAAUGUUGGGAUUUGAAUUUCUUGAGAUUACCAGGUGUCUUGUGUGAUAAACAACCUACCUAGUUACUAAAAUAUACUGUAUGAAAACUCUAAAAUGGAGUUUGCAGAAGUAGGGAAUGUUGGGUAAACAUAGAGAGAAAACCCCAUUAUUAAAGGCAAUUACUUGUGUUAUUUUGGCACUCAUUAACAUGUUGGGCCUUCCUGUCACUUCUUAGCUAACACCACAAUUCUAAUGUCAUGUUUACCUGUCAGGCUGUGGCAGGUACACCCACAUGAAACUUACACAGAGGCUUAGUAAAGUUGAAGCCUGAGGCUAUUUAUGACUCACAUGGUUGUCAUGUGAUUGUUAUUUAAAAGUCCAUUUACCUUUGUACUACAGCUGCCACUGCCCUCCAUCCUUCCCUGUUUAUUGAAGCCAAUGUUCAAUCAAACACAGAAAGAGGAAGAUGGGGGUGAAUUUAGGAUCAUAGAUUAGGAAGUGAUGUGCUUGUUAGACAUCAGAAAUUAGCACACUUGGACAUAGAUAAUAGUUUUAUAGAGGCAUUCAAAGUUUAAAGUACAUGCCGGUUUACAGCUAUGGCAGUAUUUAACGUAAGCACACACACGCACAUCUCUUAUCACAAGCUUAUCAUUUACCUUUAUGUGCGUGGAAACACAAAAACACCAGGAUUGACAGCAAAUCACAGAACUGAAAAGCUGAUUAAAGACAUACAGGCCCCACCUGGAAUAUUUAUUGGUGUGAUAAUAGAGUAUUCAUCCGUGAUUUAUUAGUCCUGCUGAACUCUGAACUCUGUAAAGAUGUGUUAAGGGUCUCUGUUUCUCCAUCUAUACAGUUCUUCAGUGCUGUGGUCACACUGACAUAUGGGGGCAGUGCUUUCUUCGCUUACUUGGACUGGAAAGGAGAUGGAGGGAAUGCCGCCACUAACACAGUGCCAACUUAGGACCCAAAUCUACACUGCUGAGCAGGAAAAAGUCAACAAAGUCUUCUUUCUUUUCCCCAAAAUUGAAUACUGUCACUCACCAAUAAACGCUGACUUUCCCAAUCCAAAGAGCUAUUUUUUAAUAUGAGAUUAAAUAAAGUACUUGUCAAUAGUAGGCCGCUUAAUUUAAUAUAAUUCAAGCCAGUCAAUGUAAUUUUUACUGCGACAUGAGCUACAGGAUAUAACUGCAACAAGACUGUAUCUUGUGUUUACAAUUUGCUUUCUGUACAGAAAGAAGUUUUGACAGGAUAAAUAAGUGAGUGUAGGAGUGGGUUAUAGGUAGUUUUGAUUAGUUUUCAUUACAGCCAAGUUAGUUGAUUCCCUGCUCCCUGUGUGCUCUUCAAAGCUCAGCAAAGUCAACUGGCUGGCAAUAGCUUUACAUGAAACACAGAGGCAUGUGUGCUUUAAAAGGCCUCAGGCCCACCUUUACGCAUGAAUCAUAAAAGGCUAUUUCUGACAUAUGUCAGUAUAUUCAACUUAACGAAACCAAACUUAUAGCUAGCUGUAUCUUUAGACUUACACAGGCCUGUUAGCUGCCAAAAGCCUUACACUAACUUUGGCAUGACUUGGGUUGCUGGUUCCCAAAAAUGUUGUGUUUCAUCAACAUCAGGUAUUUUGAGAGCGAGACUUUUACAUACAUUAAAAAUGUUGAAAGGAGGAGGUUAAGUUCAUCCUGUUUAUAUUUUAAGUUAUAAUCACUCUCCAGAUUAUUGUUUUACAUAAUAUCAGUUUUUAUAGUGAGAUCAACUUUAACAAUAUUAGAUUGAAUGAAAUUCUAAAAGAAAAAAAAAAUAAGUUAUGGUGUAAAUGAAAGCUUUGUUCAUUGCUUUUCUUCAGUGAUGUAAAGAUUUGAUUUGAGCUAUUAUUAAGUGUGUAUUAGAACUUACUGUACUUUGACAGCCUCACCAAAUAACUAUUUACUCAAAGUUUCAGUGUCUCUUGUUUACAGAGUUUUGGUUGGACUGCUUGUCAUUUUCAAGACUUUACUGUACAAACAUGACUGUGUUUUAAACUAUGAUUCUCCACCUAACACUGCAGUAGCGAUGAAAAGAAUGUGUGAGGUAUUCGUAUCCUGCAGAAGUCAAUGUUGAUUUCCUCUUAGUAUUUCAUAUAGAAACAUAUUAACUUAAUACAGUAUGAUCAGAGCCAAAGCACUCAUAAUAAAUUUACAUAUUAUAAUAUAAACAGAGACUGUUAUAGACUGUUAAAUAGUGGCUGCAGUACAACACACAAGUUCUGGGUUCCUGCAGGCAAUUAUUGCCUGACUCAACACUGUUCCACUCAGACUCUCAAAGCUUCAGAAAAAUGUCCACCUUUUAUUUUGAAAUUGCUUGUUUCAACUCAGCCCCUCUUUUGUGUGCCUUUUUAAGAUAUUUUGUGUGUUUUUGUACAAAAAAAAUAUGAGUGCAGGUGAAAUCCUGUAAUAAGUUCUGGGACUUCUACAUGAACAUGUUUCAAUAAAGUUGUGAUUUCAAUGAAA